CAUCGGGCCCGAUCAAGCGCGAGCCAGUAAGCUUGUUCGUUCCAUCCGGUCUCUGGCCACACACGUCUUCCACAACACACCCCCGAUCGUCGUCACCAUGCGCCCUAUCGAGCGAUAUCGCAAAGCCGUCACCCUGCGGCCCCCCAAGAUCCAGGAGGCCACCCCAUGUGCCAUCGAGCUCUCGACCCUGUUCAAUUGCUGGCGAGCAACCGAGGUCGACUCGCCAAAGUGUGCGGCCUCAGCCAAGGCCCUGAUCCAGUGCAUGAUGAAACCCACUACCCGCACAGCCCAAGGAGAAAAGAUCCACGACCUCAACGCCUGGCUGCUGAAGCUGAGAAGCGGAAAACGAUUCUAAUACAACACCCAUUGCCUCGCCUUCGCCUCCAUACCGACUGCCACAGCACAAGCACGCUCGCCGUUCCUCUUUCCAUCUGCAUCUGCAUCUGCAUAUGCAUCCGUAAUCCCA